AUGAUGCGAAUUCUCGAAGCACAGGCGCCUGCGCGACAGACUGCCACCGACACCAUCCAGACACUCAGCAGCCGCCUUUCAAGUGCUACUUUGCUAGAAGAUCGGCGGGCUGCGAUCCUCGGUCUACGCAGCUUCGCAAAGCUAUACCCGGCUUCGGUCGCAUCCGGUGCAUUGAGAGAUCUCAUUGCGGGAUUGAGACGAGAUGGAGACGAUUCCGACACCAUCAAGAUUCUGCUGGAGACAUUGUUGAUGCUGUUUGAGCCAGAUGAGAAAUCAACAGAGGCUUCGGAAGAGAUCACUCUGUGGCUAGCCGACGAGUUUACGCAGAGACAGGACAACAUCACCGCUCUCUUGGACUUGCUUGAGCCGAAUGACUUCUACUCACGUCUAUACGUCCUCCAGAUUCUUUUCCAUAUAUCCACCGCGCGACCACAGCGGACACAAGAAGCUAUAUUCGCGGCGCCUCUGGGCGUCUCUCGGAUAACAAAUAUGUUGGAUGACAGACGGGAAGCGAUUCGGAGUGAAGCCUUAAUACUGCUGGUGGCAUUGACUCCUACGUCUGGGGAAAUACAGAAAGUCGUGGCCUUUGAGAACGCAUUUGACCGUGUAUUCGCCAUGAUUGACGGCGACGGCGGUCUUACGCACGGCUCUACCACGGUUCAAGACUGCCUAUCACUUUUGGCCAAUCUUCUGAACCUCAACACUUCCAACCAAUCGUACUUUAGAGAGGUCGGCGGGAUCUUGAAGAUCAAGAAGCUGUUGGCGGCCGCCGUGGACCAAGAGGAUUCUGGAGAUGGCAGCUCAGAAUGGCUAAAACCACAGCGAGAUAUGAAUGUGUGGGGCUUAUUAGGGGUUGUCCAGUUAUUUCUUGCUCAAGGUGCUCAAGGGACCGUGGUCAAUCAACAAAUAUUUUGGACGACCGGGGUGCUAGACGUUAUUUUGCGAAUUGCCUUCCAUCCUGCGUUCAGCACCGGCGUGCGAACAAAGUCAUUACAAACGUGUGGCGACAUCAUUCGGGCAAAUCAUAGUCUCCAGGAAAGGUUCGGUGAUCUUGGAGUCCAGAUCAAAGAGCCGGAUAGCCCUACUACCAAUGGCCACCCAUCGAAUACCACCAGUGAGAAGGCGCCCAAGCCGAGCAAGCCUGCUUUUCGAACACAGAACGUAAUCGAAUCACUUUUAGAGGUGGCACUAGAGCCUGCUCCUCUAGCUCUAUUCGACGUCCGGCUGGCGGCGUGUUUCUGCCUCGAAGCCUUCAUGAAUGGCCAUGUGGGUAUACGAUCCCACGUGCUGCGGAGGGCUAUUGAAGGACACAAAGCAGGAGACGAUGCCAUUCCAAAUAUGCUGACCGUCUUGCUUGAGCCUCCUGGAGCACGUAACAACUCUGACCCGUAUCAACAAUGGAUGGCUGCGGUGCUCUUGCUGCACCUCCUCUACGAAAAUGUUGAGACCAAACAGAUGGCCUUGAAAGUGACAGAAGGCGAUGCCGAAAGUGGGGAAGAGGUCGUUACCUUUUUGCAGAGCAUCACAAGCAACGUGGUGGCGGGUGUACAACAUGUGGAGGAUGAGCGCGGUUUGCUUGGCUAUUUGAUGCUGUUGUGUGUAUGGUUGUUUGAAGAUCCGGAAGCGGUCGACGACCUGCUUGCAGAGGGCAGCAAUGUGCAAGGUCUCAUUGCGGCUGUCAAGAUCACCAACAGUUCCAUGCCUCUCGUUGCGGGUCUCUGCGCCUUCGUGCUAGGAGUAAUCUACGAAUUCUCAACAAAGGACUCUCCGAUUCCGCGAAGCACGCUUCAUGGACUCCUGACCACCAAUCUGGGUAGGGAGGCUUAUGUGGAUCGCUUGACAAAGCUUCGAGAAAAUGUCUUUGUGAGGGACUUCGAGGUCCUACCACAGACCGGCAACGGGGGCUUGCCAGAAGUGUUCUUUGACAAGACUUUCAUCGACUUUCUCAAGGACAAUUAUAGCCGGUUCCUACGAGCCAUUGACCGGGAUCCGAAUUUCGAAGUUUCUAUUGUGAGCAACGGCGUUCAGAAGGGCAUCUCCCGAGACCUCGUCGACAGUCUCAGAGCUCAAGUCGAGGAACAGAAACGGGCGUUGGAAGCCGCUAAUAAUGAAUUGUUGCAGCUCAAGAGGAGGCUGGAACAAGAGGAGCUCGAUCACCGCCGGACACGAGACUCUACUACCGUCGAGCUAUCGAGGAUCAAGCAAAUCAAUCAGAGCCUGCAACAGAACCACGAGGACGAAAUCAACAAAAUGCAAACGGGUUUCGCCCAGGAGAGAAGCACACUGCUAAAGCAUCAUGAGGACGAGCUCAAUCGAAGACGCAAUGAGCAUCUCACCGCUAUCGAAACGGCGCGAAAGCAGCAUGAGUUGGAAGUCCAGCAGUUCGAACAGCGCCUGAAAAUGAUUGAGCAGGAAGCGGCGCGGGAGCAGAUGGCUCUCAAUGAGCGCCACACACGAGAACUGAGUGAGGUAGAAACCCAAGCACAGAGCGCGCGAGAAAGAGAAGCGGCCGAAAUCGCAGACCUAAAAGCCAGAGUUGUAGAGUUGGAAUCUCAGCUCAAGAAGGCUGAAGCCAACCAUGUCCAGGACCUAGAGACCGCGCACGAGGAAUAUAAAACCAAGACCGAGAGUCUGGAAGCGCGUCUCAAGCGGGCGGAGAGUCGGGCUCAAGAUGCCGAGAGCCGGUCCAAGCACCUCGUUGAAGACCUCGAGAAGGAAAAGGCCGCGCGAAAGGACGUCCAGACUGAACUCGACGACCUUCUGGUCGUCUUUGGCGAUCUCGAAGCCAAGAGGUCCGCUGACAAGAGGAAGCUCAAGGAACUGGGGCAGGAAGUUUCUGAGGAUGAAGAUGAAGAAGAGGAGGAGGAUGACGGCGCCGAAGCUGAAGACGAUGACAACGGCGGGGAAGGCGCUGCUAGCGACGACGCCGUGGAUUGA